ACCUCUCGCGCCUACUCCCACGCGGCGCACCCCUGGGAGAACGCGGCCGCCGGGGGUCUUGCGCUGCCCCACCCCGCGCGUCCCUCCAGCGCCCCCCGGUGGUGGCUGGUUAGUCUAGAUCGCUCCUCGCUUGCACCGCACUUGGCGCUUGCCCUUCCCGCUCUUCCUCUCCCGCUGUAUUUAACCCUCUGACUGUUAGCCUCGCUCCGCCGGCUGGCAUCUUCGGCUUUGCCAGGCUUGCGUCUCUGCUGUACUCUCUCUCCUGUCCAGCUCUUGCGGGUUCUUCCCGUCCCUCCUCCUCCCCCCCGCCUCUCCGGCUCACUCGUACUAGAGCCAGAAGGCUACACGCCUAGGCGUCUACUGGAGAACAAGCUUCAGCUGAGGGAGAACUUAACCGCUGAAGGUUGGGUAGGUGCGGCAGAAGGGGUUUCAGUGGCGAAAGCUACCAGCUGAAGUAGCAUGGCCUCGAGAAGCGCCUUCGCUGCCGCCGCGCUCCAGCUCUGGAGCAUCCUCCCGUGCCUGCUGGUGCUGCGGGCGGAGGUCGGGCAGCCGCCGGAAGAGAGCCUGUACCUGUGGAUCGAUGCUCACCAGGCAAGAGUGCUCAUAGGGUUUGAAGAAGAUAUCUUGAUUGUUUCAGAGGGGAAAAUGGCCCCUUUUACACAUGAUUUCAGGAAAGCACAACAGAGAAUGCCAGCUAUUCCUGUCAACAUCCAUUCCAUGAAUUUCACCUGGCAAGCUGCAGGGCGGGCCGAAUACUUCUAUGAAUUCCUGUCCUUGCGCUCCCUGGAUAAAGGCAUCAUGGCAGACCCAACUGUCAAUGUCCCUCUGCUGGGAACCGUGCCUCACAAGGCAUCAGUCGUGCAAGUUGGUUUCCCAUGUCUUGGAAAACAAGAUGGAGUGGCAGCAUUUGAAGUGAAUGUGAUUGUAAUGAAUUCUGAAGGCAACGCCAUCCUGCAGACGCCUCAGAACGCCAUCUUCUUUAAAACAUGUCAACAAGCUGAGUGCCCAGGAGGGUGCCGAAAUGGAGGCUUUUGUAAUGAAAGACGCAUCUGUGAGUGCCCUGAUGGCUUCUAUGGACCUCACUGUGAGAAAGCCCUUUGCACACCACGAUGCAUGAAUGGUGGGCUUUGUGUUACUCCUGGUUUCUGCAUCUGUCCACCUGGAUUCUAUGGAGUCAACUGUGAUAAAGCAAACUGCUCAACCACCUGCUUUAAUGGAGGGACCUGUUUCUACCCUGGAAAAUGUAUUUGCCCCCCAGGACUAGAGGGAGAACAGUGUGAAAUCAGCAAAUGCCCGCAGCCCUGUCGAAAUGGAGGUAAAUGCAUUGGGAAGAGCAAAUGCAAGUGCUCCAAAGGUUACCAAGGAGACCUCUGUUCAAAGCCUGUCUGUGAGCCUGGCUGUGGUGCACACGGAACCUGCCACGAACCCAACAAAUGCCAGUGUCAAGAAGGCUGGCAUGGAAGAUACUGCAAUAAAAGGUACGGAGCCAGCCUCAUGCACGCCCUGAGGCCAGCAGGCGCCCGACUCAGGCAGCACACGCCUUCACUUAAAAAGGCUGAGGAGCGGCAGGACCCACCUGAAUCCAAUUACAUCUGGUGAACUCCGACAUCUGAAACGUUUUAAGUUACACCAAGUUCAUGGCCUUUGUUAACCUUUCAUGUGUUGAAUGUUCAAAUAAUGUUCAUUACAGUUAAGAAUACUGGCCUGAAUUUUAUUAGCUUCAUUAUAAAUCACUGAGCUGAUAUUUACUCUUCCUUUUAAGUUUUCUAAGUACGUCUGUAGCAUGAUGGUAUAGAUUUUCUUGUUUCAGUGCUUGGCAACCGAUUUUGUAUUAUGUCAGUCGAUCAGGUUAAAUUUUUGUCUUCUCCAUGUGCAGCUGGCAGAUAGUUUCCAAAAGAACAAUGCAUUCGUGGUGUAGAGGGGCUGGGCAACAUUAGAGAAGAUAAAUGCAACAAAAAUUCAUAAAUCACAAGGGUUUGGAUGAAGCAGUUUGAAAGUACUGAAGUUAAACAGCAUUUCACGUUGUAUUGUCAUGUAUUCGAACAUGUGUCACAUUUUAAAAAUCCCUCUUAUUUUUAAACUCACAGAACACUAUAUUUUGACCUUACCAUGAUUCCAGAGAAUUGCAUAUUAAAAAAGAGAACACUGUGGUAGUGGCAUUUAACAAUAUAAUAUAUUGUAAACACAAUAAAAUAGGGAAUAUAAUGUAUGAACUUUUGGCAUUGGCUUGAAGCAAUAUAAUAUAUUGUAAACAAAACACAGCUCUUACAUAAUAAGCAUUUUAUACUGUUUGUAUGUAUAAAAUAAAGGUGCUGCUUUAGUUUUC